CGCUUCCCUCUCCUCCCUCGCUCCGACCCCGUGGCUCUUCCUCCUUCCCUUCCCCCCCUCCACCCCGGGCCCGCUCCCCACCUCGUCCCGGCCAGCUGUGCCCGGCGUCGCCCCGCGCCCGGCCCUCCCGCCGGCCUUCGGCGGACCCCACCGCGAUGGAGCUGCCCCAGCCGGAGCCCGCGCCGGGCCCGGCUCUCAGUCCGGCCGGCAUGCGCGGUGGCGCCGAGCGUCCCAGCCACCUCCUGGGCCUCCAGCUGGGAGCUCAUGGCCUCGUGGGGUCCCCGGAGCGCGCGGCCGCUUCCUCGCCGGUCACCACCCUCACCCAGACCAUGUACAACCUCGCCGGGCUUGGCAGCGACACUCCCAAGCGUCAGGUGGGCAGCCUGCUCACAUGUCUAUCCCUGUCCCGGCGGCGGGCAUCUGAAUCCUCCCUGUCCUCUGAGUCCUCUGAAGCUUCUGAUGCAGGUCUGUGUAUGGAUUCUCCCAGCCCUAUGGACCCCCAGAUGGCAGAGCAGACGUUUGAGCAGGCCAUCCAGGCAGCCAGCCGGGUCAUCCGAAGCGAGCAGUUUGCCAUUCGACGUUUCCAGUCUUUGCCAGUGAGGCUUCUGGGCCACAGCCCUGUGCUACGGAACAUCACCAACUCCCAAGCGCCUGGCAGCUGGAGGAAGAGUGAGGCGUGUGGCCGAGCUGCCCGCAGCUCUGGGGAGGACAAAGAGAAUGUGCGCUUCCAGAAGGCUGGAGGGGGAGCACUUCAGGGAGAGAGGAAGGGGGUGUGCUGGGAUGGUUCUCUGGCAUUUGAUGACACCCACCCAUGUUGCCCACAGGAUGGAUUCAUCUUCAAGAUGCCAUGGAAACCCCCGCAUCCCAGCCAUGCCCAUGCUUUGGCGGAGUGGGCCGAACGCAGAGAAGCCUUUGCCCAGAGACCAAACUCAGCCCCCGACCUGAUGUGUCUCACCCCGGAGCGGAAGAUGGAAGUACAGGAGCUGAGUCCCCCGGCCCGAAGCCGCUUCUCCCUGACUGCCACCCAGGGGGCCUCUGAAGAAGAUGAUGGCUUUGUGGACAUCCUGGAGAGUGACUUAAAGGACGACAAUGCAGUACCCCCAGGCAUGGAGAGCCUCAUUAGCGCCCCACUGGUCAAGACCUCAGAAAAGGAAGAAGGGCAGGACCUCAUCAUGUACAGCAAGUGCCAGCGGCUCUUCCGCUCUCCGUCCAUGCCCUGCAGCGUGAUCCGACCCAUCCUCAAAAGGCUGGAGCGGCCCCACGACAGGGACCUGCCCAUACAGAGCAAGCGGAGGAAGAGUGGAACCCCUCCAGAUGAGCAGCGGGAGGCUGAAGAACCUAAAGCCCGUGUCCUCCGCUCCAAGUCCUUGUGUCAUGAUGAGAUUGAGACGAUCCUGGACAGUGACCACCGAGAACUGAUCGGGGAUUACUCCAAGGCCUUCCUUCUGCAGACUGUGGAUGGAAAGCACCAAGAUCUCAAGUACAUCUCACCAGAAACGAUGGCAGCCUUGUUGGCAGGCAAGUUCAGCAACAUCGUGGAGAGGUUUGUGAUUGUGGACUGCAGGUACCCCUACGAGUACGAAGGCGGGCACAUCAAGACUGCCGUGAACCUGCCCCUGGAACGGGAUGCUGAGACCUUCCUGCUACAGAGCCCCAUCACCCCCUGUAAUCUGGACAAGAGAAUCAUCCUCAUUUUCCACUGUGAAUUCUCAUCCGAGCGCGGUCCCCGCAUGUGCCGUUUCAUCAGGGAACGCGACAGAGCUGCCAACGACUACCCCCGCCUCUACUACCCUGAGAUGUAUAUCCUCAAGGGCGGCUAUAAGGAGUUCUUCCCACAGCACCCGACUUUCUGUGAGCCCCAGGACUACCGGCCCAUGAACCAUGAAGCCUUCAGGGACGAGCUGAAGACCUUCCGCCUCAAGACCCGCAGCUGGGCUGGGGAGCGGAGCCGGCGGGAGCUCUGCAGCCGCUUGCAGGACCAGUGAGGGGCCAGCGCCGGUCCUGUCUGCCUUCUUGGCCUUGCUGCCUCGGUGCCAGCCACCCGGGGGCCUGCGGGGCUAAGGGUCUGCUGGAGGCCCCAGCUGCCAUCCAGGGGAAGGACAGUGAGGCGGGCCUGUCCAUCUGCCCCCAGCCCUGAUCCCCAUGUCUCACUUCAAUCCUACCCCAUAUCCUCGUGCCACCCCCUCCAGCCCAGCCCAGCCCCUGGGAGAGCCCAGUCUGUUGACUUGGUGAAAUUGGAUUAAGUGCAGCUCAAAGGAAGUAUUUUGUGUCCAGCAGGAAGCUUUUUGCUUUUUUCCCUUUUCUUGUUUGAGUUAACCCUUUGUCUUCUUGUAUCCAGAAAAGCCCCCUCUUUCCUAGAGGCUCUGUUUGUAUGUGGCUGGGGGAAAGCCACAGCGCCCCCCCCCCCACUGGGGAUGGGCUAAAGCAGAACCCCUCCCUGCCCGGGGCGUUGGCACUCCGGGGUGUGUCUGCCCUGUUCCCUUUCUCUUCCUCUCUUUCCUGUCCUUCUGCGUGAAUACCUCUAGCGCAAACAGAAGUUCUUACUCUUUCCUGUUUCAGUGUUACCCGAAUGCUUGACUUGUUCGUCCAAUUGUUGCCCAUCUCAGGGGAGGCACAGGCUGAGAUUUAGGGCCCUCUCUCCACUUGGGGUUAGAGACUCCAAACAUUCAUUAGCCACGACCCUGGCUUCUGUUGCCUCGGAAAGGGAGGACCUCAUUGAGGGGCUGUCGGGUGAGGGCUAAGGUCUGUAUCCUCAGCCCCUGGCAGCCCAGCCCCCACUGCUAUGAACCCCGGGGUCUGACCGGUCAGAACUUGCUGCUCUCUUGUUGUGGAUGGACAGAUGGACGAACGGAUGGAUGGUGGAUGGAUGGAGAGCUACGGAUGCGCAAUGUCCUGCACACGCAGACUGCUGAGUGGAAGCAUGUCAGCGAGCGUGACCGCCUGCGGCAAGAAUAUACGUGUGUCUGUGUGGACAAAAAUCUUUACACAUUAAGGUCUGGAAAUAUUCGAGACGAAAUGUCGUGGAAGCAGCGAAGCCAAGGACCGAGCCACGUCUGGAUUCUGAAUCCCAGGACGUGUGGAGGGCUGUGCGUGAAGGCCCUGUUGACUCAUCUCUUCAGGCCUUGGUUCAAUAAAGCACUGAGCAAGCUGA